AGGGUUUACAACGCCAUUUCGUUGUUGACUGAUGAUGCUGGCGACGGUUCCCACGUCGGUCCUUGGGCCCACAUUACCGAUGGCAACGCCGGAUUUCGAGCAAGAUGAGCCGGCCCAGCAGCCUACUCCAGAGAAUCUGGUCAAUGCUUCUAGGGCUCAGGCUGAGGCUACCGAACGGUUGUUGAUGCCCAUGAAUGGUCAAGGUACAUUACCAGGGAUGGAAGGUAGCGGACUUGUCUAUCGGCCGCUCAGUAUGCUGGCCAAAGACUCUACUGCGGAGGCUGUGACAGGUCUACCCCGUGGUGCUCUCCUCGCCCAACUGCCUGAACCGUCAGGCCCCGUGGCUGAGCGUUUAGAGAGGAAUGUGAUGCAGCUGCAAUUGGGCAGGGGUGCGGUCGGUCCACAGGCGGGUACUGUCACGAGUGCUCUGGGAGAUCUCAAGGAUCGGGGUGGCGCAGGAGUGGAUGAGGCUAUACGGAAUGGCAAAUUGCAUCUUAGUUUGGCUUCCCAACACAGUGAUGUGGUGACUUCAGUGGUGACUGAGGUUCAUAUGGCUGCUCAGCAGAUUAUACAUGCUGAAAUGGAAAAGAGGAAAACUGAUAUGUAUGAGCGACUCCGAUCAAAACUUCUCCAAGGGGAAGUACCUUCGACCGGGACUGCCGAUGGUAGUGAUGGUGGACGUAGGGUGAAGGGGCUAGUACCUGAGUCGAGUCGGAGGAUACUGGAGUUGCUUAUUAAACCUAAAGCUAACUGUCCUGAGGUCUUUGACAGUAUCGUCAAGUUAGACUGCCAUGAUGGGAAGGGAGAGAAGGCGGAUCUUUGGUCGGCCUUCGAGUGGGCCACAUCAGCCCGAGACCCCGUCCCACCCGCCAAUGCCCAUCAGUUCAUUGCUGGCUCGCUUGGAUAUUUGAAUAAACGAUACGUCGAGGGCCUGAUGGCCACUGUGUACUCCUCUGGCAGGCCCAGUGCCAUUAGCGGCGAUAUGAGGCAUCCAAAGUCUCAUGCAGAAAGGCUUGACCUCACAUUCCAGUACGGCAGAGUUGUCUUUGACGAUAACAAUUUCCCUUAUUCGCAUCUACAUGAGGUAUGGUUCGCCUUAUACACUGCCGUUCGAGCUAACUUCGUAUCGGUGGUUGAGACUCUGUGUGCUGAGCCCUCACUGUUGGUGGCCUGCCCUCCCCUCGGGUCCUUCGGGAAGGCUCUGGUGGCCCGUAUGGCCGCCGUGAAGGGUACUGGUGGGCAGCAGGGUCCUACACCUACCGCCAUGGCAGACUAUGACGAUGGCAGUAGUGGUCCACUGCAGGUCUUGCUAGCCCUUGUAGAUCGGCCCUUGGGAGAGGAUACAAUGGGCUCAGCAACAAUCGAUGGCGGGGCUCCAAGGCUGACCUCGCCGGACUUCUCUGUGACUCGUGUCUUGCCUAAUUGCACUGCUGAGGAUUGGACCUGGUUCAAUCUGAUGGAGUGUCUGCACCCUAGCUUCUCCACAGUAGAGACUCUUACCAAACUUCAGCUUGUCCAGGAUAAAAUCGCCAAUUUACCGUCAGAGUACUUUGACGACCCACAGGCCCCUGCUGCUGACGGGGGAGUUGGUGCUCGCCCUCAAGGCGGCAACAGCAACGCUAUGGCUAUUGCUGAUGCUGGACCUACUGGUUACGAUCGGCAGAGGAGGAGGACUGUUGGCGGUCCGAGUAGGAGCAAGAGGGCGAGUUGGAAGCUGGCCAAGUUACUCUUACUCUCACUGCAAUUCCCACGUGCGUUUGAGGUCCUCAGUGGGGGAUCUGAGGCUCAGGAGACCACAGCUAUAUGGAUGCGACUGUAUCUCAACCGUCCUCAUGGCAGUGGUAUUAUGACAGCUCUGAGGUCGGCUCAUCUGGAGGAAGGGGAGUUCGAGAGCUCCCUGGCCACUGCUGUGAUGCACUAUGCACAGAAGCGGUUCACACUACAGGAGACUCUCAGAUUCUUGCCAGCGUUGAUGCCACGUUGCAGAGUGGAGGUCCUUCGGGAACUGCUGCUGAGUCAUACGGAAUCCAACGUUAAUGGCGGAGCGGAGGUGGUCGAUGAGAUCGUUGGGUUUAUCGACCCUGCCACAGGAGAGGUCCAUCGAGGCCUCUUGCACAGUUCUGCUCUCGCUAGCGUCAUGGACGAGAAGGCCUCGGCAUCCACUGACGGCAAGGAGAACGUUGUGGCUGCUAUCGGCAAUGGUCCUACCACUAGUGGUAUGUUCAGCACACCUAAUGCCUUGGCCCUACCCUCAGCGGCAUCUACUUCAUCGAAGCGGCACCAACCACAGCAAAAGCAGCAGCAGCCGUCAAAGUCGGUGUAUGUCGAGACGUGCCGCUAUUGUGGACGGUGUGCUGUCGACAUGGGCCACCAUGGGCUCGGGAUGAAGCUACUGCAUUGUGCCGGCGAGUAUAAGGAGGUGGUAGCUGUGAUGGUACGGUGUCUCACAUCACCCGCACUAGUACAGGAGAUCAGCGACCCUUCUAGCUCCUUACUGGCUGUGAUCGAGAUGCUGAUGAAGAUAUACGAUACGAACCCUAGUAAAUGGAGCCUAGACCGUGUGGAGUGGGAUGAGGCGAAGAGACUGUAUUCGUUGCUCCAGUUCGAGCGUCUAUGCGCUAGUGGCCGUUAUGAAGAGGCCAUUAGCCACUUUGACCGCCAUCAGCUGUUGGGAGGCAGCAGUGAUAAGAGGACGGGUGGGGCUCGGGCCUCUAUUGCUAGGGGGCUCCUCAAUGCUUAUGUCCCACUACUGGUACAUGCCCAGAAGACAGCCUCUCGUGAGGUGAUCAGAGAUCGUGUAGUAGAGCUGCAGAAGUUUGUAGCCGCCAACGUGGCAGAGGAGGUGAUGCGGCAGGUGUCACCAGCGACUCUGCGAGCUCUGGCGGAGCUGUCGGUGUAUCUACGAUGAAUAUAAUACUAAUGCUCCUUAUCUUGCAUCGCUCCGCUGCUGCCUUGGUUAUCGUUGAGGCUCAACGUUUCAU